AUGGAACAGCCUCGGGGCAAGGCGAAGAACCACAUCCUGCUGCACUCCCAGCCACCCGUGGGAGGAGGGACGGGCGUGCGGGAGGCGGCCUGGAAGAGAACCUUCUGGCGGCUGAUCGUCCUGGCCCUCGGCCUGUUGGGAGUGUUCCAGUACGCGGUCCCUGUGGUCAGGCAGCUGGAAGCGCUCCUGCCCCUGGGAACUUGCCCUGCCUCCAUCAUGCCCCUGCUGAGAGACAACUUCUCGGGCCCCCUGCGCCCCUGGGCCCGGCCGGAAGUUCUGACCUGUACCCCCUGGGGCGCCCCCAUCAUUUGGGACGGCACGUUCGAUCCAGAUGUGGCUCGGCGAGAGGCCCUGCAGCAGAACCUCACCAUUGGGCUGACUGUGUUUGCUGUGGGCAGGUACCUGGAGAAAUACCUGCCGCGCUUCCUGGAGUCGGCGGAGCAGCACUUUAUGGUGGGCCAGCGCGUGGUGUACUACGUGUUCACUGAGCGGCCGGCCGCGGUGCCCACCGUGCCGCUGGGCCCCGGGCGGCAGCUGCGCGUCGAGCGCGUGGCGCGCGCGGGGCGCUGGCAGGACGUGUCCAUGGGGCGCAUGCACACGCUGCACGAGGCGCUGAGCGGCCGGCUGGGCGCCGAGGUGCACUUCGUGCUCUGCAUGGACGUGGACCAGUUCUUCAGCGGCGCGUACGGGCCCGAGGUGCUCGGCGACACGGUGGCGCAGCUGCACGCGUGGCACUACCACUGGCCGCUCAGGGUACUGCCCUUCGAGCGCGACGCGCGCUCGGCCGCCGCGCUGGGCGCCGCCGAGGGCGACUUCUACUACCACGCGGCCGUGUUCGGGGGCAGCGUGGAGGCGCUGCGGCGGCUCACCGAGCACUGCGCGCGGGGCAUGCUGCGGGACCGCGCGCGCGGCCUGGAGGCGCGCUGGCACGACGAGAGCCACCUCAACAAGUUCUUCUGGCUGCACAAGCCCGCCAAGGUGCUGUCGCCCGAGUUCUGCUGGAGCCUCGACAUCGGCCCGCGGGCCGAGAUCCGCCGCCCGCGGCUGCUCUGGGCGCCCAAGGACUAUGCCCGGCUGCGCGACUAG